UCGGCGGGCGGCGGCGUCACCCAAGAAAAUGUGGAGCGGCGCUCACUUGGUCCUCAAUCGUAAUAAGGCGAGGAGUCGAGAGGCAGUGUCCAUCCGAGGAGGAGAGAGCAGCUCCCGGCCCGUGUAGCCCGUGUGAAGGACAGUCGCCACAGCCAUGCCAUUCAAGGCUCCUCCCACUCCCAAGUGCCCAAAAUGCGGCAAGUCCGUGUACCACGCCGAGGCCCGAGUGGUGGGCGAUAUCUCCUUCCACAAGGAAUGCUACAAGUGCAGCAUGUGCAAUAAGAUGUUGGACUCCACCAAUAGCAACCUUCACGAGAAUGUGCUCUACUGCAAGACCUGCCACGGCCGCAAGUUUGGCCCCAAGGGCUACGGCUUCGGCGGUGGCGCUGCCGGGCUCAGCAUGGACACCGGCUCUCAAUUCGAACAAUACGGGCGGGACGACUAUGUUAAGCCAUACAAGGCCCCACAAGCCAAAGCCGGGGAAGGCUGUCCUCGCUGCGGGGGGAAGGUGUUCGCCGCUGAGGAGAUGCUGGCUAAGGGCAAGAUCUACCAUCGCACCUGCUUCAACUGUAAGAGCUGCCGCAAGCCCCUAGACUCCGUGGUCCACUGUGACGGCCCCGACAAGGAGGUGUACUGCAAAGUCUGCUACGGCAAGUCAUUCGGUCCCAAGGGUUACGGGUUCGGUUCUGGCGCCGGCACGCUCACCUGCGGUUAUGAAGACGCUGCGCCCCUGGUCAGGCCUCACGGCAAUCCCGACGCCGUGCUGCCCGUGCUGGAGGGUGAGAUUCCCUGCCCUCGCUGCGGUGGCCGCGUCUUCAGCGCCGAGAUGAUGAUGGCCAAGGACAGGCCUUUCCACAAGAAGUGCUUCAAGUGCAGGGUGUGCAAGAGGCCCCUCGACUCCAUGACCCACUGCGACGGCGCUGACGGCGAAGUGUACUGCAAGCUGUGCUACGCCAAGAAGUACGGACCCAAGGGCUACGGCUUCGCUGCUGGCGGCGGCGGCGUGCUGACCGCCGAGAACAUCCCGGGCGGCGAGACCAUGUCUGGCGUCAACCCAUGCUCUGCCGUGCUGGACGUGAGCAAGAUCAGGGCCGAGGAAGGCCAGGGCUGCCCUCGCUGCGGCGGCAAGGUGUUCAUGGCUGAGGAGAUCAACGCCAAGGGCAGGUCCUUCCACAAGCGGUGCUACAACUGCUGCCAUUGUCACCGCCCCCUGGAUUCCAUGGUGGGCUGCGACUCUCCUGACGGCGAGGUGUACUGCAAGCUGUGCUACGCCAAGAAGUACGGACCCAAGGGUUACGGCUUCGCUGCUGGUGGCGGUGGCGUGCUGACCGCCGAGAACAUCGUGGGCGGCGCGCAGGUGGUAAGCCAGGGCGACAGGGCCCGGCUGGAUGUGAAGAAAAUCAAGGCCGCGGAAGGCACCGGGUGUCCACGCUGUGGCGGCAAGGUGUUCAUGGCUGAAGAGAUGCACGCCCGUGGUCGCAGCUGGCACAAGAGCUGCUACAACUGCUGCCACUGCCACAGGCCCCUCGACUCCAUGGUGGGCUGCGACGCCCCUGACGGUGAGAUCUACUGCAAGCUGUGCUACGCCAAGAAGUACGGACCCAAGGGCUACGGCUUCGCUGCUGGAAGUGGCGGCGUGCUCACCGCUGAGAACAUCCCCGGCGGCGAGGCACUCAAGGGCGUCAACCCAUCCUCUGGUGCCAUCGACACCACGUCCAUCCCCGCCGCCCCUGGCCAGGGCUGCCCUCGCUGCGGUGGCAAGGUCUUCUCCGCAGAAGAGAUGUUGUCCAGGAACAAGAGAUGGCACAAGCGUUGCUACAGCUGCCGCGAAUGUUUCCGUCCCCUCGACUCCAUGGUGCUGUGUGACGCCCCUGACGGCGACAUUUACUGCAAGCUGUGCUACGCCAAGAAGUACGGACCCAAGGGCUACGGCUUCGCUUCUGGCGCUGGUGGCGUGCUGACCGCCGAGAACAUCGCGUGUGACGAGGACAUGCAGACUACCGUGAAGAACGCGGCCUUCACAGUGCUGGACGUGAGCAAGAUCCGCGCCAAGGAGGGCCAGUCACGCUGCCCCCGCUGCUCCGGCGCCGUGUUCCAGGCUGAGUCCAUGCCCUGCAGAGGCCGCGAGUGGCACAAAUCCUGCUACAACUGCUGCGAGUGCCACCGCCCCCUGGACUCCAUGAUCUCCUGCGACGCUCCUGACGGCGAGAUCUACUGCAAGCUGUGCUACGCCAAGAGGCACGGACCCAAGGGCUACGGCUACGGCCACUGCCCUGCGCUCGUCUCCAUCGGCACUGACGACGGCAGCCCCAUGCCCACGGACAUCAGGCAGUUCGGCUUCAAUCCCAGGGACCCCAACGCCGAGGGAGCCCCCAAGCGCCCACAGGCCAACCCCAACGCGCCGUGGAGAUCAGGUGGCGGCAUCCCAGCGCCCAUGGCCGGCGGCAAGCCCAACCAGGUAGAACCUCUCAUUAAUCUGCCGCAGCCUGUCCCCAUCGGCUCGAAAAUUCCCACGCCCAGAGGCUUUGAUACGUCUGCAGGCCACUGGGGAAUGGGCCAAGUGCAGGCUGGGACCGUGAGCCAGCAGGUGUCAGGCCACGCCACCGCCGAACUCAGCAGCAAGCAGGUAGUGGCUCAGCAGACUCAGCAGGUGAGUGGUGAGGUGCAGCACAUGGCAGUGGCGGCCAGCAGCACCUCCCAGCACUCCGAGCAGCACUUCAGCAGCAGCAGCAGCAGCAGCGUGCAGCAGAUUAAGAGCGUGGAGAUGAGUCAAGUGCAGCAGCAGCAGGUGACUCAAGUUAUGCACAGCAGCAGCAGCAGCAGCAGGAGCGAGGUGGUGGUGGUGGAGGGACAGGAGCACAGGGAGUAAUGUACGAACUAGCCCAAGCAGCCACCACAGGAAGAAGACGAAGAAGAAGAGGAGGAAGAA